UUCGUAUUUGGCCGCGCCACACCCCCAGGCACCACCGAAAUCAGACAACCUCCCCCACCACCCGCAGGCCUGCAGGCAAAAUUCGCAUUCCUCCCGUGUCCGAUCAAUUGGAUCCCUGCGAAUGACACUCAGGUCGAAUUUUUCAGAUUUGACCCCGUUUUCGAUUUUCUACGGCAUUUCCAAGGUGAAAUCAAUUUAUUACAAGAGUUGUCUUGAUGCAUUGCGUAAUCAGGCGAUGUGAGGCGAUCAAGAUGCAGGGCUGCCAACCGAAAUUUGGCACGAUUUCAAUUGGCGACCGUGUUUAAAUGUCAGACUAGCCCGCGACGCAUGUGCGAAAACACAAACAGCAGCACCUGAUUGCAGAAAGAACAGGCCAGAAGCUAUCAGAGAUGGACACCAACCGCGGCUGCAUUGGGAAAUUAUUAUUUUGGCGUUGAAAGUUCAUAUUUAUGCACGAUGAACUUUCCGACGCCGGGGGACUCAGGCGACCUGGGCUAUUCGCUGAACGGAGAUAGCCUCAAUGGCUCGGUCGUGUCCACCACCGAGUUCAUCCUUGAGGAGCAAGUACACCAAAUGUCGCUGGAGCAGGACUCGGCCUGCGCCUUCGACUAUCACCACGAACAGCAGCAGUUUCCUGUCGAGGACUACGAGUACUGGAAUGAGGAUUCAGUCAUAAGUGAGCUGACAGCAGGCGAGGUGCGCUGGUUCUACAAAUCGGACACCGACAAGCGGUGGACCGAGUUCAACGGAUAUGAUUCGCACCAAAUCGAGUUUUUGUAUCGUCAGUACAAUCAAGAGUGGCUUCAGGUCUACACGGAACAACAAGGGAACGGAGGCGAGGGAGUCGGCGUCAAAAUUCCCAAACACCAAAUUGUGGUCAGGGGUGGAAUGUACGAAGUCGACGUCCACUCUUGGAAGGGCUACUCCAUUUUCUGGCCUGGCGAGGAGUUUCUGGUGACCAGAGGAACGUGGUUUUUUGCUGCAACCUGGCAGCCCGUCGAGUACCCGCAUUGUGAUACUAUCGAGCAUUCGCACCUUCAGCUCUUCUGCGGUCAGAGACUCUCCGACUACGCUGACACGAGUUUGAGUCAAAAAGAAGUUUGGCAUACGGAGCAAUUGCCGGAUUUCCAUGUCGAUUGGCACUCGCCGAAAGAUGUUUUUCUGCAUAAUGAAACUGCUCCUUCAAAACUGAUGAGAAGCGUGACUCAGAAACUUGGAUUCCAAAAACCGACAGGGUAUCGUUUGAUUAGAGGAUACAAGACUCCCGCUUUAGCCACCGACUCCGCCGACAGAAUCACCGACAUCACCCACCUAGUUUUUGUGAUACAUGGCAUUGGUCAAAAAAUGGAUAUUGGAAGGAUAAUCAGAAAUAGUAACAGUUUUCGAGAUUGCGUGACUUGGCUGCAAAAAAAGUAUUUCCCCGACUCUUCGGAUAGGCCCGAGUUCUUCCCUGUUGAGUGGCGCACCGCUUUGAAGCUCGAUGGAGACCUCGUCUCGGCAAUCACUCCACUAAAUUUGGAGAAACUUCGUUCCUUGCUGAACGCCACUGCGAUGGACAUCAUGUAUUACACAAGUCCACUGUUUGGACAAGAGAUUCAAGCUGGCCUCUGUCUUGAGCUCAAUCGUUUGUAUUCCAUGUUCCUUGAACGCUAUCCAAAUUUCAAGGAAAAUGGAGGAAAGUGUUCUGUGAUUGCUCAUUCUCUCGGCUGUGUCAUUGUUUAUGACAUUGUGACUGGAUGGUUGCCAAAUGAUCCUAUGGCGUGCCUCCAGAAGGCAAAUAGUUCAGAGGGAAGGGAAGAGAUGUUUAAGAAGUCGGGCUUGUUGUUCGAGAUUGAGAAUCUCUUUUGUCUCGGGUCCCCGUUGUCAGUUUUUCUUGCACUGAGAUGGAAGGAUCCACAUGAGCCAGAGAAUCAUGAUAAAGUCGUACCUCCGAAGCUGUGCAAGCGAUUGUACAAUGUUUUCCACGCUACCGACCCUGUCGCUUACAGGUUGGAGCCUUUGCUGGUCAGAGCCUACAAAACGAUUGCGCCUCUUACCCUUCAGCCAUACAAUGCCAGUGCCAAAAUUCCGUACGACCAGAUGCCACUUGAGCCGAUCCAGACGGAAAAUUUACUAAGUAGAAAAUCGGCCCUCGGAGGCGGUGGCGAUGCAUCUGAUAGAGAUGAAAUGACCCCAGAGCCAAUCAGCAGCUCCAUUCCAUCUCCACCGACACCCUCAAGAGUAGCCGACCGAUGGAGCUUGUGGAGUUUGAUGAGAGGAGGUCGUCGCUCCGUGCAGGCCGAAGGGAGUCACGAGCCAAUUUCUAAAGAAGGCUCAGGAUCCCCAACUCAUCAUCAUGAAAAUGCUUUGAGAGGUCUCGAGCAUCGUCUGGAUUUUGUUCUGAGAGAAAAUCAACUCGCUGCCAGCUAUUUCGCCGCUCUGACCUCCCACACGGCGUACUGGGAGAAUUAUGACGUAGCAUUUUUCAUUCUCACCCGCUUGUUUCCCAAACUGGAGCAGGAGGCCCAAGUGCCGACCACAGUUGAGGGAUCACCUAGCAUUCAGAAGAAUAGUCGGCUCGUCUAACACGAUUAGGGUCUCAUCACCUCCUUUGUUAACUUCAUCUAGUUCUGAAUGGGGCAUUGUUUCGUUGAGUUGGCCUACAAUCAGUCGUAUUUCAUGAAUCAUUUAUAUUUUGACAAGUUUAUUUUUUAUUCUAGUCUUAAUUAAUUGCGACCAGCUCAAAAUACGUUUUGAUUUGCUCUCGUAUUACUCGUGACACUCCUAUGCUCUCACAUGAAUAUUCAAUUUUUUGUAUCCAUUUCAAUUAUUUAUGUGAUAAAUUCCUGCUCUGCUAUUCCUUUUAAAAUUUAUUGCUGUCUUAGCACUUAUUUUCAUAGAAAAAUUAUAGUUUUUCUAUUAUGCUGUAUUUUAGUAGCCAUAUUUUGCCAAUUAUAAUAUUAUUUAAGAAACAAUUGAUGCAUUGUAAUGCAAAUGUAAAGCAUGCAUAAUUUUUUCCACUUUUGAUACGGAUAAAUCACUCGAUUUUUCAAUACAUGUCCAGUCGAUCGAAUCUCACACUUUGUGCCUGUGCCGAUAAACAAAGAAACGAACAUUAAAUUGUGAUGUCACCUCUGCUAAAUAGCCAGUCAAAGUAAUGAAUAAUCAAACAUGUGUGUGUGUGUUUCAUUGGAGGUAUGAACCGGACUCUCCACCGGAGUUCUGUGGCUGAACCCUCCAGUGGUCCGGCCUCUCCUCAUUCGGCCAGCUUCCUCCCCCUCGCGGGACAGCAUUUUUGCUGUAUGCUUAUUACACAGGAAUGAGAAUAUAUCAUGUUUUCAGGUAUACACACAAGUCGGAGGUCAAAAUUGUGAUACUGUGGUUUUUUUAAACAAACUGUUGUUUGUGGAUUUUGAUGCAAGUGUCUCUGUAACUAAAUAUUAUACCAAAGUCGUGUAGAAAAUGUCGAUGAGAAGUAGUAGUCAGUUUUUAGUCAUGUUUCGGGUAGAACUUGUUGAAUAAAGUGUUAUUAUACUAACUAGAUCUGUGAUUUUUUUUU